AUGGCUGACCCGACCUCCUUCACAAACACCUAUCGACCCCCAACUCCCCCUCCCACCGUGACCCCCACCUCCCUCGAACCAGCCUACGGUCCCUCUCCCUACGACAUCAACUUCUGCUACCCCCUCGACACCCACACCCACACAUCCAUCCUCGAAUCCUCCCGCGUCCGACUCACACCCUUCAUCCCCCGCCUACACGCCUCGACCUACAUCUCCCAAGUCCUCGCCCAUCCAGAACUUACGCAGCAUUUCCCAAGUGAACAUAGAUCUCUUGCUGAGUUCCUCACUUAUUUGGAGUAUGGCGUAAGGAGGAAUUCUAUGUGGUGUUUGUUUGCGGUGUUGGAUAAGGGGGGGCUUGCGAUUGAUACUGAGGGGGCGUCUGAAUCUCCCGACGGAAGAGGAGAAGGAGGAAGCGAGGAGAAGGAGAAAGAGGAAGAAAAGAUGGCAGGCGUAAUAGGCCUCAUACGUUCCGACCCAACAAACCUAAGCACCGAAAUCGGCUACCUCAUGACCUUCCCCUCCUUCCAACGAACACACAUAACCACCCACGCCGUCUGCCUCCUCCUCCAAUUCACACUCGAACUGCCUACUCGACGGGCUGGCGCGCUCGGUCUUAGGAGGGUAGAAUGGAGGGCGUAUGCGGGUAAUGAUGCGAGUGUGAGGGCUGCGGAGAGGAUGGGGUUUAGGGAGGAGGGGACGAGGAGGUGGUAUGUCGCGAUUGCGGAGGGGAAGGAGGGAUAUGGAGAGCCGAGGGAGGGAGAUCCGAUGCAGGGGAGGAAGAGGAUUGAUUCGAGGGUUUUGGCGAUGUGUUGUGAUGACUGGGAGAGUGGUGGGAGAGAGCAUGUUGAGAGCUUAAUGGCGAGAUUAUGAAAGAACGGUGCUCUUAAAUAAUUACCAGGACCGAUCUUAGACGCACGCGAGGAAUGUAAUAUGUACGGGUUCAUCACACGCACGAGCAUAAUCUCAAUUAGACAAACCUUCAU